UUAAUGCUGAUCACUAUAAAUCAGCAAUAUAAUCAUCAUGCAAAUCAAGGGACUAACACUCUACAUACAGCUCUAUACAUUCUAUUAUCAUCUAGCUAGUGCUAAGCUAGUAGUGUUUUUGCUUUAUUAAAGAUUCUCAUCACUUCUGGGAAGAGAGAAAAGGUGAAAGGAAUUGAAACAGCUUCAUUCGGAGAAUUGAAUUGAAGCUCAUGUUUUUAUAAGAACUAGAGGCCAUAUAUCAAUUUGUCACAGAAUUGAAGCAAAUUAAAAGAAGAUUGUUGGGGCGGGAGAGAGAAUAUAUUAUAAUAUGGUGUUCAUCACAGAAGAGAUUAUCAGACAAUUGCAGAAGUUGAUGGAUGAUAUUGAUGAACCACUCAAGAGGACUUUCCAGAAUGUACAUCAAGGGUAUCCAACCGAGACUCUUGUGAGGUUUCUCAAAGCCAGAGAUGGGAAUGUCUCUAAAACCCAUAAAAUGCUUCUUGACAGUUUGAACUGGAGGGUUCAAAAUGACAUUGAUAAUAUAUUAUCUAAGCCAAUUCUUCCUUCUAAUUUGUAUAGAGCAAUAAGGGACUCCCAUCUUGUAGGAAUGUCUGGAUACUCGAAAGAGGGUCUUCCCAUCAUUGCCAUUGGUGCAGGGCUCAGCUCUUUCGACAAAGCAUCUGUUAACUAUUAUGUUCAAUCACACAUCCAAAUGAACGAAUACCGGGACCGAGUCUUACUGCCUUCUGCAACCAAAAAAUUUGGGCGGCAUAUUGGUACAUGUAUAAAGGUUUUGGACAUGACUGGUCUUAGGCUUUCUUCUCUAAAUCAUAUUAAGAUUCUGACUGCUAUAUCAACCAUAGAUGAGCUGAAUUAUCCCGAGAAGACAGACGCAUAUUACAUCGUUAAUGCGCCAUACGUGUUUUCAGCAUGCUGGAAGGCAGUGCGACCCCUAUUACAAGAGAGAACAAAGUUGAAAGUUCAAGUUUUGCCAGGUUCAGGGAAGAAUGAGCUAUUGAAGAUAAUGGAUUAUGCAUCCCUGCCACAUUUCUGCAACAGAGACGGCUCUGGCUCAGGCUCAGGCUCUUCCAGGCAUUCCAGAAAUGGCAAAGUUGACAACAAUUGUUUCUCCAUGGACCAUGCCUUCCAUCAGCAGCUUUACAACUACACGAAGCAGCAAGCAGAGGUGACACCAAUGAAAGGGGGGUCAGUCCGUGUUGCCUUCCCCGAGCCAGAUCCCGACGAUAUCAAGAUCUCUGAAACUAUAGAGUCAGAGUUUCAGAAACUGCAUGGGAAUGAAACUUGUAAUGCAUUCCUUGAAAUUAAGAUCAAUGGUGAUUGAAGGUUGAAAGAGUGAGAAGUGAAACCUGAUGGUGGAGUAUGGUAUGGUGAUCUUAGUUUGUAUAUUAGUCCUAUAUAAACUUUGCAAGGAGAUGGUUCUCUGAUGCCAUAAGAAAACAAUUUUAUUUGGACAUACAAUUUGUUAAAGUAAGAGGUCCAAUUAUUUCAAAUAAAAAUUCUCUCUUUUUUUUUCUUUUU